CCGCCCCUCGCCUCAGGUCUCGCGACAUUUGCGGGGGAGGGCGGUGCGAGAUGUGCGGCGGCUGUGUGGGUACCGAGUACCCCGAGCGGGGCACCACCUGCCUGGAGGGCGGAUCUUUCCUCCUGAACUUCGUGGGGUGCGCGCAGUGCGGCCGCCGGGACUUCGUGCUGGUCAGCAACCGGGCCGAGGGCCUGCAGGACGGGGAGGAGAUCGUCACCUAUGACCACCUGUGCAAGAACUGCCACCACCUGAUUGCACGCCAUGAGUACACCUUCAGCGUGGUGGAUGACUACCAGAGCCUUGAAGGAUUCAGAGCCCCAUCCCUGUGUUCAGGGCUACCUGGAGACCCCCCAGCACCAGUCUGUGCCUUGUGGAGGAAGCCCAGCUCACCUGGCAUGGGAAUGAAUAUACCAUGCUGUGCCUGCUCUGUGGCCGUGCAGAGGAUUCCAUCAGCAUCCUGCCUGAUGACCCUCGCCAGAUGACCCCGCUGUUCUGAUCCCCAUGUGUGUCCCAGGAUGAGUUUUCAGGAGCUCUGGGAGAUCCCUGGAUCCCUGGCACUGUAUUUAUGGGGACCACACAGUCCCUGACAUGAUUUGCCCCUCCAAACUUCCAACCUGGAUGCAGUGAAUACCCAACACCGGAUGCUCCCAUGUUUCUGGAGCUUUUUGGCUUUGACCCUGACUGCAAGGAUGGGAUGCAGUGCCACAUUCCAAGCUCCUGUGUGCUGAAGACAUAAAAGGGUCCCUAAAACAGGAUCCAAAGGGAUUCCCACCCCAUCCCACCUCAGGAGCCCUCGUAUGUGGGGUAAUAAAUGUGAUGUGUGACA